AUGGCUACGGACAUCGCAAAAGCUGUAACAGCAUCUCUGGAGCCUUUGAAUGCUUGGAGGGGCUUUACCGAACAGCAUCUGGUGCUCGGCGGCCCGAAUGCUGUGGACCCGCGACCUCCGAAAGUGUUGCGCCUUGCAAAGCUCUUGCGCGAUUUCAACGGCUUCGCAGCAGAGCAUGUGUCUCAUCAGCGGGACCGCGGCGAACCAGUCGAUCCGCUGUUCUGUUCCCUUGCCCGCGGUUCCUUUCUUGCGCGACAUAAGAGCCAGCAAGCUUUUGACUUGAGCUUGGACUGCUGCGACCAGGGCAAGUUCGAUUUUCUCGGCAACGACGCCUGCUUUCCCGAAUGGCCAUCCUGGUCGAUUCGUGUUUGCUGCGCACACGCACUCUCGGUCUCGGCAAGUCUCAACGAAAGCGGCUUCGAAGCACUCUGGAAUCAGAUUGCAAGCGCGGCGCCUAUCAAAGCUAAUCCUGAUACAAAGCGUGGUUUCAUGAAUGCCGUCGUGGUGUAUCACAAAGCUGGUACACAGCUCACUUCUGAAAUUGUCGGUGUGAGCAGCCCCGGACCGCUCGCGCUCUUUCUGCUUCGGAGCCCUCCGCCCAAGGUCCACGUGCCAGACAUGAUUGUGCUUGACGGCUAUGGCAUGCAUGCGAAGCCGCGAGAUGGCAAGCCCGAGAUCUAUCCCUACUUCCAAGCCUUCACGAGGCUCUUCGCGGAUAGGGAAAACGGGGAGAUGACAGCGCACUUCGCCAAGCCCUUGCUUGGAGACUCGCAGCUGCAAGAUAUGCUCGCUGCGGGCGCGGGGAGGAUCGUCCACAUCACCCGGAAUCCCACGCAGCUGGUGAUGUCUGGCUACGUCUACCACCGGAAGGCCGCCGAGGUGUGGACCACCUUCCGCGAUCCGCCCGACUGCCUGAAUUGCGAUCACGAGGCCUGGACCCAAAUCUUCCGAAGAUGCCGCUUCCGGUGCAGCUAUGCAGAGUUGCUGCAGAACCUCAGCGUGCCAGAAGGGCUCGAGGCCGAGAUCCUCCGCAGCCGCCUGGACGUGGCGAAGAUGCUUUGGCACGCGCGGCGCUGGCAGCAGCUGGAGCACGUGAUGCAACUUUCCAUGGCCGACUUCCAGAUCCACUACAACCGAACUUUGGAGUGCAUCGCUCGGUUCUUCUUGCAGAAGCCGCCGCCGGAAGCCCUGGAGCCUGGGAGCCUGCAGAAAUUCCUCGACCACUCCCAGCUCUUCGACCCGGUCCGUGCCAGGAGGUGUGGUGUCAGAGCGCGGAGAAAGGGAGGACGGAGCUGCCGCACUCCCGGUGGGGGCCGCAUGCAUGAGGUGAGGAUCCAAGAUUUGGCGAACCACGUCGCAGACCCGGAGGCGAAACCGAACCUUUUGGUUCACUUGAGCCUAGGCUGGGUGUGGAGGUUGUGGGUUUAG